AUGACAACCACGGAGGAAACCCACCGCGCGACCUCCCUCCAAGACGCCCAAGACAAAGCCCUCACGCUCUUCGCCGCCAUCGAACCCCUCAUCGUGCCCGGCAUCACCGAAAAGGCCCUGAGCGACAGCAUCCACCGCCUAGGCGCGGAGCACCACAACGUGCGCACACACUGGCACAAGCGUCUCGUGCGCAGCGGACCCAACACCCUGCGGCCCUUCGCCGACAACCCGCCGGACCGGACCCUCCUCGCCGACGACAUCCUCGUCAUCGACUUGGGUCCGGUGUUCGAAGAAUGGGAGGCGGACUUCGGCCGCACCUACGUUCUAGGCAAUGAUCCCGCCAAGCUGGCGCUCCGCGAUGCGCUAGAAGGGAUCUGGGUCGCCGUGAAGGAGGAGUUCGAUCGGCGGCCGGAAAUCACAGGGGCGGAGUUGUAUGCGAUUGCAGAGCAAAAGGUCAAGGAGGCCGGGGAAAGGGAGGGGUGGGGGUGGGUGUUUGGGGCGGAGAUCGCGGGCCAUAUUGUCGGGAGCUUUCCGCAUGAGCGCAUCCCGAACGAUCGCAUCAGUUUGUACAUUACUCCCGGCAAUGGGGAGAGGAUGCGGGGAAAGGGGAAGGGUGGGUGGGAGAGGCAUUGGAUUUUGGAGAUUCAUGUGCAUGAUAAGGAGCGCGGGUUUGGGGGGUUUUGUGAGCGGUUGUUGACCGUUGGCUGA